AUGGUGGAGCUGAACAGCCUCGCCUUGGCGCAUCUCUACCUCAGCUCCGACACCACAAUUGACUACAAUGCUUUUCAUGCGGCCGCCCCGAAUAAUCAAGGACACUUCAACGCCAUGCGGUUGAAGCACGAAGCUUCCACAUGUUGUUUGGGUAACCAGGAGACCCUCGUUACUGCCAAGAUAAACUCGAGAGCUCUGAUACUUUUCACAAUAUGUGUGGCUAUGUUCUCGGAUGGGUUCACGUAUGGCAUUGUCACGCCUGUUAUGCCGUUUCUACUGCAGGACGAAAAUCUGCUCAUCAAGAAUAAUGUACAGCUCACGACUUCACUCCUCAUUGCUGCCUUCUCCAUGGGUGAUUUCUUCGGUGCUCCACUAUGUGCAUGGUACGUCGACCGCACUGCAAGUCGACAACUACCGUGGUAUUUCGGCAUCAUCCUCAUCACUGCGGGAAGUAUCAUCUUCGGUACCUCCACCAACAUUGCAAUGUUGAUGUGUAGUCGCAUCCUCCACGGCCUCUCCUCUUCCAUCCUUUACACGGUUGGACUCGCAGUUCUGGUGGAUACCAUCGAUAAAGAAGAGGUUGGCAAAUGGAUGGGCACAGCCAUGAGCUGCAAUAAUAUUGGUAUCAUCGUCAGCCCUCUUCUCGGCGGUAUCGUCUAUGACCAGGCCGGCAAGAACGCCGUCUUCGGCAUCAUGUUGGGCCUAGGUGCCCUUGACAUCCUCCUCCGCGUUACUAUGAAAGAACGACCCAGGACAAUCAUGACCUUCACCGCAACUACGGAUAGCUCCGCAACCCUGGUUGAACAAACUGAAAAGCACAAGCCGCUACCAACCAUCACCAUCCCCUCCCGCCCCUCAAGUCCAACAACCAACGACUCCAAGCCCACCAUUCACCAGACCCCAAGAUCCCGUUGCUUCCCAGGUAUCCUUGCGCUCCUCCGCCAACUCCGUCUUCUCGCCGCUCUCUAUGGCGUCUUCAUCAACGAAACAAUCAUCGCCUCGCUCUGCGCAACCCUUCCCCUCUUCGUCCCUCAUCACUUCCACUGGACCGCCCUCCCAGCCGGCCUCCUCUUCCUCUGCAUCGCGAUCCCCGCCCUUGCAGGACCACUCGCCGGCGCGCUAUCCGACCGCCUCGGAGCCCGCUGGAUCGCCAUCAGCGGCUUCACCGCCACCGCGCCGCUGCUAAUCCUACUCCGGCUCGUCGAGCACGAUACUAAGGUACAGAAAAUUUUCCUCUGUAUGCUGCUAACGCUUGCGGGUACCGCUGUGACACUCUUCCUGGCGCCACUGGGGGCCGAGUGCUCGUUUGUGGCGGAGGAGACGUCGCGGGUUAUGGCGUGUGAUUUGUAUGCUAGUAGUUUCAGUCUGAUGAAUUGCGCGCUUGCGUCUGCGGGGCUGUUGGGUCCGUUGGCGGCGGGGGGGUUGAUGGAGGCGGUGGGGUGGAAGUGGAUGACUGUUGUGUUGGGGUGUUUUUGUGCGACGGGGAUUGUGCCUUGUGCGCUUGUGACGGGGAAUAGAAGAAUGGCGGCGAAGAUGGCGGGGGAGGGGAGGGGAAGUAUUGUGUUUGUGGGUUGA